AACGCAAAUACAUCAAUAACUUAUGUGCUAUACACAAAAUACGUUUGUGUUUACAAAAUAUUUGGUGGAGGAAAAUAAAGUUCCAGAGAGAAGAGAGAAAAAAUCUUCCAUGGGGCUGGAACGGAAUGGGGAGGAUUCCAAGUUGUUCCCUUAUCUAGUUUCAACCGACAUUUCAAUGGUUUGAUAAUCAAUUCGCGACUCCAUGACAAAAUUCUACAUUUAAUGAUGUAACAAAUUCACGAUUCUGUGUAUAAAUAAUUAAAUUGUAUCUUGCUUAUCCUGAGUAUUGUGCAGGGCAGACGAUACAUCUAAUAAUUCAAUGCUUACGUGAUAAAUAAGUGACAUGAAAAACAUUUGCAAGCAAAAAUACAAUGCCAUCUUAGGCAUAGUCCGCUACCUAACUGAAUGUGCUAUUGACCAGAAUAAGAAUAGAAAUAAAUAGUUAUAAAAAUGCACUUCGUAUAUUAAAAAUUAUACAUUCUUCACAAACUAUUGGUCGCUCAAGGACACCCUAAAUAAGACGAUAAACUAUACGUAUUCUAAGAAGGGAUUUAAAGUUGGAGACCACAGCACAAUGAAGUUUUUAUUUGAAAUAUUAAGACUAUUUAUUAGAAAGCCGUCUUCGGGCGGAACCCUCAGAGCUUGGAUACUUUCUGCACUCAUGGUACAUGGAGCAGUGGCCGGAAACCCGGACGCAAAACGGUUAUAUGAUGACCUUUUAAGCAACUACAACAAAUUAGUUAGACCUGUUGUUAAUACGACAGAUGUUCUAAAAGUUUGCAUUAAAUUAAAACUUUCACAGCUUAUAGAUGUGAACCUAAAAAAUCAAAUUAUGACCACCAAUCUUUGGGUUGAGCAGUCGUGGUAUGAUUACAAACUUCGUUGGGAGCCAAAAGAAUAUGGUGGAGUUCAUAUGCUGCAUGUUCCUUCAGAUCAUAUAUGGAGACCGGAUAUUGUCCUUUAUAAUAAUGCUGAUGGUAACUUCGAAGUGACUCUUGCAACAAAAGCCACAAUUUACUCAGAAGGAUUAGUUGAAUGGAAGCCACCAGCAAUAUACAAAUCAUCCUGUGAAAUAGAUGUAGAAUAUUUCCCAUUUGAUGAACAGACCUGUGUUCUAAAAUUUGGCAGUUGGACUUAUGAUGGGUUUAAGGUUGAUCUGAGGCACAUGGAUGAACAACAGGGCAGCAACGUUGUUGCUGUGGGUGUGGACCUAUCUGAAUUUUAUAUGUCUGUGGAAUGGGACAUUCUCGAAGUUCCAGCUGUUAGGAAUGAAAAGUUUUAUACUUGUUGCGACGAGCCAUACUUGGACAUCACAUUUAAUAUAACAAUGAGAAGGAAGACGCUGUUUUAUACUGUUAAUAUAAUAAUACCGUGCAUGGGAAUAUCAUUUUUAACCGUAUUAACAUUUUACCUUCCAUCGGAUAGUGGAGAAAAGGUCACACUAUCUAUUUCCAUUCUCAUUAGUCUUCAUGUGUUCUUUCUUUUGGUGGUUGAAAUUAUACCACCAACGUCAUUGGUUGUUCCGUUGCUGGGAAAAUACCUCAUAUUUGCCAUGAUACUUGUGUCUAUCAGUAUCUGCGUGACGGUUGUUGUUUUGAACGUUCAUUUUCGUUCACCUCAAACUCAUAAAAUGGCACCCUGGGUUAAGCGCGUCUUUAUUGACUUUUUGCCAGCGUUUUUAUUCAUUAAAAGGCCGACGUACAACUUUGAAACAAGUAAAUUACUUUUGAAGGACACACAUGCUUGCUUUUAUCCUUACUAUUCUGCGACAAAUAUUGAUCGACUCGCGUCUUCAGGAUACAACAAUAGUCUGCCAAAGGAAGAUUUAUCGCAAAGCAUUACGGCGAAUGGACCGUUUGGAGGAAGUUGCCAGGUUCAUGGCCCAGUGCCGCCACUCACCCAUUGUAGUUCAGACGAAAUAGCCGCCGUCCCCGAUAUGGAUAUCGGAUCCUUAGGGAUGAAAAGUCCCAUUUUAAACAAUCCAGCAUUUUCCCAUUCUAAAUGCCUUCCUAAAAUUCACAAAAGCUGUUUUUGUGUGCGCUUUAUUGCAGAGCAUACAAAAAUGCAAGAGGACUCAACAAAAGUUAAAGAGGAUUGGAAAUACGUUGCUAUGGUGUUGGAUAGACUUUUUUUGUGGAUAUUCACGUUGGCAGUUGUGGUUGGGACCGCCGGAAUAAUUUUACAAGCUCCUACGUUAUAUGACGACCGCAUCCCAAUUAUUGAACAAAAGGACUUGGACUUCUCGGGAACAUCAGCCGGACGCUGUAGACCUCCGCAAUAACAUUAUUAUAUUGGAAGAACUUAAUUUUCAACUGAGGUGUAUCAGAUUAGUAUUACAAAAUUUUCUUUAACUGAUAUUUUCUGCAGGAAAACAUGUUAAAAAUUACAUAUAUAUCGAAGACUCUAAGUAACAAAUUAACUAUUCUUUAUUUUCGACCACAUUUAGAUAUUCCAAUCUGUGCUUUUGUGCCGUUCGCUAAAGUAGUUUGGUAUUCUUAGGCACAUCAAACCAGGAAAUUUUUUUAUUUACCCUUGUCAACAAACACGUUAUUCCAAUUUACUUCUAUAAGCCGGCUCUUGAGAUUUUAUCCAAGGAACUUUUCAAGGCGCAGUCAAGCAGCUAUCCAGUACGUGGUACGAAAUUAAAGAAUCAAAUGUUAACAUUUUAAUCUUAAACCAGAAUGCAGAAAUGUUGAUUACGAUCUAACAUUCGAAAGAGCACACAAAACAAGAAAUCCAUAAAGUGUUCAGAUUUUCAAAUAUACAUUUAAAAGAAAACGGUUUAGUGUGAAAUUAGCUGCGAAAAAGUGCAAUCAUCCGUUACUCGUAGAAUAAAAAGGUAUACUAGAUUCGAUGUAACACCGUGUAGCAGUUAGAAGGAAACGGCUUUAAUCGCAUACGGAAUAUUAAUGCCAUGAAAUGUCAGUCCGUUAGUCUGUAUAAAUGUCGAGAUGUCUCAGCUAAAGUUCGUUUAAGAUUAUUGCCAUGCCCACAUUACGCACACAACCCGCUCAAAACUGUCACCCAAACACUUUUCAGCUCUACGACGCAUAUCAAAAAAAAUGUCUUGCGUUAUGUGUACAUUUUUUAGAACGAAGACUACUGAGGCAUUCACAAGUCGGAUGUCGACUACCACAUGCAAAUAAAUUAAACUGGUUGUGCAGACUCCACCGGACUUUUUCCUUUAGUCGGAGAAUAAGGGCUGCCUACGCAUCAUGAUGAUCUUGCCAUCCUGUUACACCUUGUUUCUAAUAACAUCCGUUCGGUUUUUUCUUUCUUUAUCGGUCUCUAUUAAACCUUGCAACCUUUUACAACAAAACUUUGUAAAAUAAAAAAAAUAUUUCAAGAGUUACUAUACAAUUAAUUCCUUAACCAAUCUGCACAUAAUUACGUGGCGUAUAUGUAAUUAUAUAAUUUAAAAUAUAAUUCUUUGUGAGUUCGCUGCAAAUCAACAUAAGCAAAAGAGUAUGCUGUAGUCGAGUUUCCCAACUAUCAGAUACCUUUUACUCAACUAGUAGAAGUGAACGCGAAAUUUUAAAAAUUAAAUUGCAUAUCGAUAAAAAUGGCGAAAAAAAUAAUUUAAUAAAACAAGUUUUUUCAUUUUUCAAAAGAGUGGGCGUUAACAGUUUUGAACGGUUUGUUUCAGUUCGAAGGGGCGUGGCCAAAAUGUUAUACAACAAGAAAGUGGCAAGACAAAUAAUAAAACGAAAAAACACCAAUACAUUUUUGAAAGUUUUGGGCGUGGCAGUCUGGCCUGAUUCGUGGGCGUGGGAACAUUUGGAAAUCAACUUGCGCUGCGUCUAUGUCUCUGGAGUUUUGCAUGCCUAAUUUUAACUUCCUAGCUAUCAUGGCCAAAUCGAGUCGGCCAUUGAUCCAAAUUAAGAUUAUGAGAAUAAUACUUUACAGGGUCUGAGACGAUUCCCUGUACUUGAUACAUACUUUUCAACGAAUCUAGUAUACUCCUUUAUUCAACGAAUAUUAAAAUUCCAAAAGAGGCCAAAUAUUUAAAUAUGUCGAUAGACAGUUUACAAAAACCCUUAUCUGUAUGUCACGUAUUUUAUGUAUGGUAUUAUUUUCAACUGGCAUUUUCAAUCACUUAUUCAUUCGUACAAUUUUUUCCACGACAAUAUUAAUUAACAAAGCAUAGCAUUUUGAAGGCGUUACACAUGGCAUGUGUAAUACGUAUGUCGGGCGGUUCUAUUUAUUUUGUUUAUAAUGAUAUGCAAUAUUAAUUUUAACCAUGAAUGUUUAGAUGUUUUCUAUUAUCGCUCACGUCUCUUUCAAAUGAAACAGGUAUCCAUCCCUUAAAAGUAUAUUCUAGAUCAAAAACUGUAGCCUUAUAGAUUUGAUCGUAAGGUUGUCUGUUGCUCUCUUUUUCCGCCCGUAAGAAUCUCGAAAUAUUAGGAUUAUAUUUCUUGAUAAUUUGGUAUUACUUCUAUAAAAAUGCUUUUUCGGCAAGACGAAUAUUAUGUACCCUUGAAGUACCCUUGAACUAGAACCUAAAAUGACUAAAAACAACGAAGCUACGAUUUCAUUCACAUUAUUUAUUUUAUAAAGUGGUCGUCUUUUACCAAAAUUAAAGCAGAAAAUAAUUAUUAAUUACAAAACAAAUCACGAUUAAAACAAACGAAUAAGAAACGUUUAUUUUCUUAAGAUUAUUCUUAUUCCCGCUAUUUGAUAUAGUGGUCCGAUCCAGCCCGUUCCGACUAGACGGUUCUACGGUCAUAGCUAUAUCGACUCGGCUGUUAACUCUCUAUACAAAUGACCGAAAUCAAUAUGCAAGGGUAAAAAAUAACAUUAUUACAUUUACAUUAACCAGCCAUAUAUGAGAUCACAUCUCGCUGGGCAGUGCGUGCACAAGAGAGAGGCCCAAGGAGGCACAUAAGUUUUCCGUCGUAGUGAAGUCUUGAACUUAGCAAAGUCCUGCCACCCUUGUAAGGGUGGUUGUAAACCAAUAGUAUAACAUUUUUAACCUCCCGCCCACUUUGCAACCCUAAACCAAAGACAAUAGAACAGUGUCUAGUGUCUUUGCCGAAACCGUCGAUAAGUGACAAAGACAACGUUCGUUUGUGAUUGUUUGUUUUCCCACUUUUUGCCACGCCCACGAACCGUCCCAAACUCCAACGCCCAUACUUAUAAACAUUUUAUUUAUUUUUGUCAUUUUAAUCUCCAAUAUCUAUCGAUAAGCCAGAAAAAUUAUGUAAUUUCGCGUAACGGGUAUCUGAUAGUCGGUGAACUCGACUAUAGUAUUCUCUUUCGUUUUUGAUAUCAUUUCGGCCGUUUUUAAAUAUCUGCACUUCUCUCGCAACCCCACUCGCAUUUUUUUGUUUGUUGUUUUGUAGUGCUACUACAAUUCUAAAUUUCUCUCCCUGCCUUUGUGGUUUUCUACGAUUCUUAUUUUUUAAUUGAACCUUUUCUAUUUAUUUACACAACAAUUUUAUAAAGUUAAUAAAAAAGAUAUUCUUAAAGAUUUUAAUUUAGCAAACAGUCACUUGACAUACUGUACUUCCGCCACACAUCCUAAGUGUCACCUAUGAACAGAAUUACAAAAUGACUUCAAAUUAUGCCAUUGGAAACCACAUUACAAGUGAUCCCAAUUGUUGACCUCAUAACAAUAGUACUUGCAAGCAGUUCGAUAUUUGAUUCAAUGGCUGAAUUGUCUUACAUGGCUCCAAAUAAUGUAAGCCUUUCAUCUAUAAACAUCCGAAAAAACAUGCAACUAAAAACAUGCUUGGCGGGAAUCUUGACAAAGGGGAAAAAGGUAACAUUAAGUAAAUGGAUGGAGAAGGCAAAAGAGCGACGAGUCAUGGUAAUUAUACAUUUUAAUUUGAUCUAAAAAACACGCAAAAAGUAAAAUAAAAGUAGUUUGCUAUAUCUAGAUGGCGUUGAAUAUUACUGUCCAACUAACCGAAGUCCACUUAUCUCAGAUUUUAACAUAAUUUGGAGCUUUAUAUAUUAUACAGAAGAUUGUAUUUCACCACCUAUCAAAAUUCCAAUUAAAAUUGUUUUGGAAAUUGUUAAGCGGUAAAUUAGAAACUAUAUUGUCUAUGUCUAAAGAUGUAUUUGUUUCAGUUUUUAAUUCAAAAUGUGUAUAAUUUGAUCAUAUUAAUUAUUUAUUUGUAAGAAUUACUAUAAUUAUUUAAAAUUGAACAACUCUUGUACGGCUUUUGGACUCAAAAUCUUUGCUCACAUAUUCAAAAAAGAUUUGUAUCCGCAUAAGUCAGCACGGUGUUGACAUGGUGUUCUCAUGGUACUCAAAAAUAAUUAAGUAUGUAUCAAAGUAUUAGUGCGAAAAAAUGUGAAAUAGAAAGUUAACAUUUUAGCAUAUAGGAAUACAACUAUUAAAAUGAAUUUAAAUGUAUGAAUUUGUUACAAAAUAAAGUUAAUUUAUAAACAGCAAAA